AUGAAGUUCGCCACGUCCAUUGCCGCCAUUGCUGGCUUGACUACUGUCGUGUCAGCCCGACCUGCUCCAAGGACAUGGAAACGACAGAACGAUGCUGUUGUCAGUGAGCCAGGUGCAGACGCUAUCGACAACUCGGCCAUUCCAUACGCCGCUGUAGGGCCUGUUGGCGCACAGGGAAACAUCUACGGCUCGGAGGCUCUCCUCGGCUCUGCAGGAGACAGUGCCAAAGCUACUGAAGAGGAAGAUGCAGAUCUCGGGUUGUACCUCGACAUGACCAGCACUCCCAACCCGCAGCCUAUUCGUGGUGACAGUGGAGCUACUGACCCAGGUCCUCGCAAUCUGCCCAUCGACCGCCAGAACCCGGAUGCUCUCGCCAGACCUGGGACAGAUAUGGGCUCCAUACCUAACGCGAAGUGGCCGAUGGGUCUUUCGAGCGCACGACCGGGUACUGGUGGUGGUCAGCCUGGAUGGGCAAGGCAGGAGAACACAGACCAGUUGCCUGUCGCCACUGCUAUGGCUGGUGUCGACAUGCGUCUCGGACCUAAUGCUUACCGGGAGCUUCAUUGGCAUUCUGCGAAUGAGUGGUCGUACAUCCUGUCGGGUAGUGUUCGUAUUGCUGCUGUCAAUCAGAACGGGCAGUCUUUCGUCGAUGACUUGCAGGCAGGUGAUUUGUGGUUCUUCCCGGCCGGUGUGCCACACAGCAUCCAAGCCACAGACGAAGGCGUGGAAUUCCUUCUGGUGUUCAACCAGGGCGACUUCUCGGAGGACGGCACCGAUCUCGUGUCCGAGCUCUUCGCUCGCAAUCCUCUCGAAAUCCUCGCCAAGAAUUUCCAGACCGACGUCAGCACGUUCAAGAACAUUCCCAAGGACCAACGCUACAUUUUCAACGGAUCUCCAGAUAACACAACGCUCGAGGAAGCACGCAAAGCCGUCACUGGACCAGCCGGACCACUUCCAGCCAAUGAGUCGUACAGCUACCAUCUCUCAGCACAAGACCCUUACACCGUUCCUGGUGGCAGCGUUAAGAUUGUUGAUCCAAGCACUUUCCCGAUCGCCAACAACUUCUCCAUGGCUCUUUUCACCAUCGGACCAGGUGCGAUGCGUGAGAUCCACUGGCACUUGACAUUCGAUGAAUGGAAUUUCUUCCUUCAAGGCAAUGCCCGUGUGACAGUCUUCUCCGGCCCACAGGCAUCGCGCACCUUUGACUUCCAGGAAGGUGACGUCGGUUACGUUCCCGUCGCAUCCUCGCGCUAUGUCGAGAAUGUCGGCACCACGCCCGUGGUAUACAUGGAAGUCCUCCAGGCGCCACGAUACAUCGACAUAUCUGCCGCGCAGUGGUUAGGUCUCACCCCUAGUCAUGUGGUCAAGGAUACAUUGAAUGUGCCGCAGGCGUUCAUUGAUACCUUGCCGAAGACCAAGAGGUAUAUCGUUCCGGGCAACACGAACUUGACGACUACGAACUUCACUGUUGCGAGCUAUCCUAAUGCUGCAUUGAGUGCGACAAGCGGGAGCUCUUGA